AUGCAUUUCAAUAAUUUAAUCACUCGACGUCGAAAGACAGAACCUAAAUCCGUUCAUGUUUUAAGAGCAUGUAUUAAGACUUUUCUACUAGCCUUCCUUGUAGCAUACAUUAUUUUUAUGAUUAACGAAGUGAUUCAUGAUGUCCCAGUUAUACAUAUUUCAGAAGAAGAUGCCGACGAAAUGCCAUUUCCUGAUAAUACAAUUAAUAUUGAAAUACCUAUGCUUGGUCUUAUUAACAAAUUACUCAACAGUUAUGUUAUCAUCAAUAACCAGUAUUCAUAUAUAGAAUUGGCUAGACAUAAAAGAAAAAAAAUUAGGCGAGGAAUUAGAGAUAUUCUUUUUGGAUUUCCAUCUUAUGAUGUACAACCUUUUAUUGUAUCCAAUUUGUUGAGCAUGCCUUUAACUGAUGAACAACGCACUAGACCCGAUGCAUAUUUAAGUAAAAUUGGUUUAAACAUAAAAAAUUUCCAAAUACAAGUAGAAACCGAACGAAGAACACGUUCUUUACUCAACGUGGUUGGUCUUGUAGGCGGUGCUUGGAGUAUAUCUAUGGUAUUAUAUACGCUUCUAUUUGGCGCAAAUUUGUUUCGUCCUUGGGGUUGUACGCAAGCUUAUUGUUGUGGAUAUAGAACAUAUAACAAAUUUAAAAAUACUCUUCCAGUACUUCCAUUAGUCAAUAGUUCUUCCUUGUUGACGAAGCCAAAUCCUUCCCUUCAGGAUAUUACGGAAUUACAAGAUCGUUUGAACUCACUUGAAAUGUUUUUAAUGGAAUAUGUUGUAGAUGUAAAGUAUUUGGAAAAAUCAGAGAAAAUGGAUCAAAAAUUAGAUGAUGGUAAAUAA